CCCUCAGGAGGGAUAGGCUAUCUUAAACCGCAUAUUUCUCAGAGCACGGUAACCAAAUAUAGAUCAACCUGGAGGCGCGUCCAACACCCAAACGCUCUAUGUCAAGGGGACAACUUCACGACUCUUUUCGACAUCGUUGUUUACUUGAAUCUUCGAAUGCCACCUGUCUUUUAACCCUGCGACGUCCUGUGUAUGGCACUAAAAGACUGGCUUUCAUAGCACUGUUAUUCACGUCGACACGUACAUUCCAUCCUGAGAUUCCUAAUUUAGACCGCUACUCUAGCCUGUAUGAGACGGGCAUGAUCAUUACAUAGAGUAGACUCGGCUGCAUCGACAGGGGAACCGGAUUUCCACAGGACGCGUUCCUAGCAUGGAAAUUGUCAAACAGGCAGCAUCGCAAGAUGAACCUCCCAAGAUCGACGCAGUCCUCCAUCCUCUGACAUUCUGCUCAGCCACUGAUGCUGAUGCAGAGAUAUACAUGAACUUCAUGAAGAAACACUGUUGCUAUGAUGCCAUGCCAACAAGUUGUAAACUAGUCGUAUUUGACACCACACUUCAGGUGAAGAAGGCAUUCUUUGCUUUAGUGGCCAAUGGCUUAAGGGCUGCCCCCCUAUGGGACAACAAGUCGCAAAGAUUUGUGGGUAUGCUCACCAUCACAGAUUUUAUCAACAUUCUUCACCGCUACUACAAAUCUCCCUUGGUUCAGAUCUACGAGCUGGAGGAACACAAGAUUGAGACUUGGAGAGGUGAUUCAUCUCAAAACGUUUAUCUUCAGUGCUGUAACCGCUGUCUGAUCAGUAUCACACCUGAUGCCAGUCUCUUCGACGCCAUCUACUCUCUGCUGAAGCACAAGAUCCACCGACUACCUGUCAUUGACCCUAAGUCAGGAAAUGUGCUACACAUUCUGACACACAAGCGCAUCCUCAAAUUCCUUCACAUAUUUGGAGACAAGAUACCAAAGCCUGGGUUCUUGCAGAAAACCAUAGAUGAAGUUGGCAUCGGGACUUUCAAAGAGAUAGCCACUGUGCAAGAGACCGCCACGCUUUACGACGCCUUGUCUGUGUUCGUGGAUCGGAGGGUGUCUGCCCUGCCAGUUGUUGACAGCAAAGGAAAGGUGGUGGCUCUCUACUCCAGGUUUGAUGUGAUUAAUCUUGCAGCACAGAAGACUUACAACAAUCUCAACAUGACCAUGCGGGAGGCUGUGCGGAGGCGGACUUGUUUUGUAGAGGGGGUCAUGAAGUGCUAUGGCCAUGAGACCCUUGAGACGAUCAUCGACAGAAUUGUUAGAGCAGAGGUUCAUCGGCUGGUUCUGGUGGACAGGGAAGAUGUGGUGAGGGGCAUAAUCUCUCUCUCUGACCUGCUUCAGGCCAUGGUCUUAACCCCAGCAGGUAUUGAUGCUCUUUGCUCGUAACCUCUGGUUGGAAUUACUCGCCUUUCAACCUCCACCUAACUGCCCCUCCCCUACCCCAGAUAUUGCCUGCAAGUAAGACAAGUUGACAUCUUUUGAACGGCUCCAUGACUGAUGGAAGGAGAUGGGAAGAUAAUUUCAAGAGAUUGAAGGCAGCACUUUUUAAGUUUUAAUAAGCAUUUGUGUGCGCUUUUAUUUGCUCAUAUUAGGCCUAUUUUCCCAAUACAGAAGGAAGAUCCAAUAACAAUUAACCUGUCAAGAUCCAAAAGACAGUAUAAUCAAUCAUCUUAUUAAAUCUGUCUCAGUGGAUCAAAUUGACGUAUUACCCUGUUUUGUUAUGCGAUAUUGUUAUGCCACUACAUUAUUAUGUUUUUCUAAUAAAUAUUUUUCUAAAAUA